AUGAGAGAAGGAGAGAGCGAGAACGAGUGUUUGAGGGUGGAACAGAGUGAGAAUAGCGGCCAUGCUGUCGGAAGAGAUAAGGGGGAGAGUGUGGGUGGGGUGCAUCCGGUGCCAAGGAGGCGACAGUGGUGGGCAAGCAGGGCGAUCCCCAACUCUCCAUGUGUAAACUUCACUGAAGAAGCCAAGCUUUGUUUGGCAGAGCGUUAUCGAGAAGCUUUGGUAAUAAAGGUUCUUGAUAAAAAUUAUAGUUACACAGCUUUUUCACACAAGCUUCGGAUGGUUUGGCGCAUCAAAUGUGGCUUUGAUCUGCUUGAUGUGGGGUUUGGGUACUUCAUGGUAAAAUUCGAUGCAGGUGAAGAUCGUGAGAAGGUCAUGCUUGGUGGCCCGUGGUUGAUUGAGGGACACUAUGUUGCUGUAAAACUGUGGGAUAUAGAUUUUCGGCCAUGUGAGGAAUCCUUCGGGUCUAAACUUGUAUGGGUUCGGAUUUCGGGGCUCCCAUUCUGGUGCUAUCAGGAACAAGCCAUGAUGCGUAUUGCUUCUGCAAUAGGAGUUCCCAUCAAAGUGGACUUAGCCACUAAGUUGGCUGAGAGAGGACGAUAUGCCCGAGUAUGUGUUCAAAUAAAUUUAGGACUGCCAGUGAUCAAGCAUAUCAUUGUGGAAGGCGUAACUCAUGUAGUGGAGUAUGAAAGUUUAAAUUUAAUUUGUAACUCUUGUGCACGUUAUGGUCACGAUAUGGCACAGUGCUUGGGUAGAGACUCUAGGGAAGGAAAGAGUGCUGAUUCCGAUGCCACCAAGCCACGAGACAGUACAAAGGCAGUGCCACAUCCUGAGACCAAAAUUCACAAUUCAAAUGAAGUAGAACCUGAUGUGGUAAGUGGCGUUACUGGCGAGAAUCCUGCACCGAGUUUACAAAAGGAUUUAGAGGCUAAUAAUUUGGAAGGAAAUAAUGUUGAGGAGGCUUGCAUGCAUGAUGAACCAGGCUGGGAGCAAGUUGUGAGGAAAGGUAAAACCAAGUUGGGCCAGAAGCAAUCUAACAAGGUCCAAAGAGGCACUAAAUCCAGAACCGAUUCGGAUAGAGUAAUCAGGCCCACCAUCCACUUCUCUCACACGAGUGGAUCCAGCUUUUAUCGCGCCAGGGUCGGGUCACGAGUCAAGGUCGGACACAGCGCUUUCCGUGUUGGUGAGACGUCGAUCUCCUCAACCCGACACACCCCAGUGCCUUGCGGGUCCUCUCUCCGGAAACGACCAAGGCCGGGGUCCCUACAAAGCUCGCCAGUUGAGAAGAAUGGAGGCACGGUGGUGGAAGCAUCGUCAUGUCUUCCUACAACCGUGAAGGAGGAUGUUACCGUGGCGGUUCCAUUAGUGAAGGAAGGCGCAUUGCCGGCUGUUAUUGCGUCGGUAUGCGAGAAUAAGGAGACAUUCCAUGGAGAUCCGGAAAACCUGAAGGUCACGGGAGUCACUUCUGCUGGGCAAGCCUCGUGUGUUACAGUUGAGGUUCAGGUAAAUAAUGUGAUUUGGAGGUGCAGUGGUAUCUAUGGUAGUCCUCAAUUUAAUACCAGAGUUCUGCUAUGGGAUUAUCUUGUUACUCAGUCUUCGUCUUUCUGCGGGCCAUGGAUUGUUCUUGGUGAUUUUAAUGAAGUACUAUUCUCUCAUGAAUCUAAGGGUUGCCUCUUCUCGAGUUGUCAUGCAGAUCGGUUUGCUACAUCUCUAGGGGAUAGUAAUCUGUUUGACUUGAAGACUAUUGGAAGACGGUUUUCUUGGUACAGAAGGGUUAAAAAUGGUGUUGAGGUGGCAAAAAAACUUGACCGGGUCUGUAUCAAUAGUGGUUGGCUAUCUCUCUUUCCAGAGGCUUAUGCAGAAAUUUUAAAUAGGCUUCAGUCUGAUCAUUGUCCUAUCCUAGUGCGCUGUGCAGGUCGUCCCCAACCGAAAAAGAAUAGACCUUUUCGGUUCAUUGCGGCUUGGGCAACUCAUCUGGAGUAUAGAAAUAUUGUGAACCAGUCAUGGCAGGCUGGCUACAGAGAGAUGCAUGGCAAGCUUUCAGAAGUGCAGAAGAACUAUUUAUUAGAGUUUAAUUCUAAAGUGUUCGGCAACAUUUUCGUUAGGAAAUGCAAAUUGGAGAGACAGAUUAAUUUUCUUCAGAAGCGACUUGAAGUAAUGGAGGAUUUGUCUAUGCGGCAAAAAGAAAAACAACUGAUUGAGGAAUUUAAUAACACGCUUGUGCAGGAGGAACUUCUAUGGUUUCAAAAAUCUAGAGAGCAGUGGGUAAAAUUUGGGGAUAGAAAUACCAAAUUCUUUCAUGUCCAGACUCUUGUGCGGAGAAAACAUAAUAAGAUUCAUGGUCUCUUUCUUCAAGAUGGGGUAUGGGAAACGGACCCGGAUGUCCUUAGAAGGGAAGCUGAAUCCUUUUAUAAACACCUUUUCUGCCAGUUGGAGGAUGUAGACUUAGGUUGUCUUGGUGAUGUGUCGCUACCUUCCCUGAAUGAUGAAGCCUGUUGUAGCCUCACAGCGCCAGUUACUCUGGAAGAAGUUAAGUCGGCCAUUUUCAGUAUGCAUUCUUUUAAGGCGCCGGGCCCUGAUGGGUUUCAAGCUUUAUUCUUUAAAGAAUACUGGGAGAUUGUUGGUUUUGAUGUUUGGACUAUGGUUCGUCAUGCGUUCUCUGGUUUGGAUAUGGAUCCAAGGAUGAUGGAAACUCUUGUGGUUCUUAUUCCGAAGGUAGAAAACCCGAUUUCCAUGAAGGAUUUCCGGCCAAUUAGUCUCUGUAAUGUGGUUUACAAAGUUAUAACGAAGGUCCUGGUCAAUAGACUUUGUCCCCAUCUCAAAGAGAUUAUUGGGCCCCUUCAAGGAGGGUUUAUCCCGGGGAGAGGAACCCCAGACAACAUCAUUGUAGCACAAGAGGUUCUCCAUUUCAUGAAAAAGACAAAGUCAAAGAAAGGCACCUUGGCCUUUAAGAUUGAUCUAGAGAAAGCGUACGAUAGAGUGGAUUGGGGAUUCCUGAAACAAACCCUAGUGAGUUUUGGCUUUCCUCCUCCGACAGUCAAUCUGAUUAUGCGUUGUGUCACUGCUUCCUCACUGUCUAUCCUCUGGAAUGGGGAUAGAUUAAAUAGCUUCAUUCCGAGCAGGGGUCUUAGGCAAGGAGAUCCUAUAUCACCGUAUCUGUUUGUGUUGUGUAUGGAGAGAUUGUCUUGUUCUAUUAAUCAGCAAGUUGAUAAGGGCUUGUGGACGCCGGUUGCGAUUUCUAGAGGGGGUCCAAGAAUUUCUCAUUUGAUGUUUGCCGAUGAUUUGCUUCUUUUCUGUAAAGCUGAAAAAUAG